AUGGACUACAACCUGCAGGAGGAGCUUCUCUCCCUCGGCGAGGACCCGUCGCUGUACCCUAUCUCGAACGAGCUUGACAUCCCCGACCUCUCCCCCGCCGCCAUCGACACACACCUCUCAAGCGCAAUCGAUGCAAUCGUCAAGGAACCCGACUCGGUUAUUUACUCCCCCGAAGAGACGUUUGACGUCUUCGCUAGUGUGCUCAAGCAUGCCGACACGCCACCGGUAACUGGCCCCGUGCUCCAAAAGACGCUCGAUGCCAUCCUCCACGGCCUCAAACACCACUCGGACGCGGUCAUGCUCAUGCAGGGGACGGAUGACCUCGACGCCCCACUGCAACAUAAAGCUCAGCUGGAGCGCUGGGCGUUCCUCCUCCAGUGGUUCGUCGCUGCUGCUGAGCGUGGAGCUGGUCGCGCGCCAGAAGAGCAGGCCACCGCUCCCAAGAAGAGGGGGAAGAAGGCCACCCCACGACCACAGUCGUCACUAGCGUGGGCCGACCACCUUCCCCAUGUCCUUGGGACUAUGCACCGUGCUCUCCGCGUACCCUCAUCCCGCAUCUGGCGCACGAGCUCGGAACGCGAAGCGUUCGUCAACUGCUUCACAAAGCCGGCGUACCAGCUCGCCGAGGUCGAGGUAUACCUCAAGACCAACGAGGUGCGCCUCGGCAUCUACAAGGUCAUCUGCCUGGCCGUCAAGUUCCACGGACACGGCUUCGGCGCCCAGACCUCGAUCAUGCAGAACCUCACGUACUACGAGCACCUCAGCGAGCCGAUGGCCGAGCUCCUCACCAUCCUCGACAAGGAGUUUGACUACCCCCAACUCGCGGAGGAGGUUCUCCGCGAAGUCGCAACCAAGACGUUCCUCCACAACGAUGCCAAGGGCCCGCGCUCGUUCCAGCGCUUCCUUGUCCGCUUCGCCGAGAUGAGCCCCCGCGUGGUGCACAAGCAGAUGCCCCUCUUACUCGCCCACCUGGAUAGUGAGGCCCAUCCCAUGCGCAUGGCCGUCGUCGAGGUUAUUGGUUUGCUAAUCAAGGACCUGUCCAUGUCCGACGAGGGCGAGGAUGAGCAGAAGCAGAAGCAGAUCAAGCGUUUCUUCGAGAUCCUCUUUGAGCGAUACCUCGACCUCAACUCUUACGUGCGGUCCAAGGUUCUCACAACGCUGAUCAAGCUUUGCGACCUUCCCGCCAAGUUCCCCAAGCAGCGCUCACACAUGACUGAACUUACGAUCCGCACGCUCGCGGACAAGACGUCGUCGGCGCGCCGGUACUCGAUCCAGCUCCUAUGCCGCUUACUCGAAACGCAUCCCUUCGGCGCUCUGCACGGCGGCACGCUCAACCUCCCAGAGUGGCAGGAGCGGUACGAGAAGCUCUGUGCUGAACUCGACAAGGUCGACACUCAUGAGAUGGAGAAGGCCAGACAGGACGCGGGCAUGGACGACGAAGAGGACGAGGAUACGCAGGGAGGCGACACGGAGGCGGAGAACGAGGACGAGGGGGAGGAGGAGGAGGAGGAGGAGGAGGACGACGAGGAAGCUGAAGACGACGAAGAUGGCGAGGACGGCGAAGUAGUACCAAAGCCCAAGAAGAGCAAAGGCAAGGGUAAAGCCAGAGCCAAGCCUCGCCCGUCGCAGAUAAACCUCGCGGCAGUGCAGGCCGAACAGGCGGGGUUAGACCCCGAGACGAUCAUGCGCCUCCGCCUCACGAAGAAGUACUACUCGGACGCGCUCAAGUUCAUCAACCAGAUCGAGGGUGCGAUCCCGACGCUCUGCGAACUGCUCGUGAGCACCAACAAAUCGGAGGUACUCGAGGCGAUGCGCUUCUUCCGCACGGCGUACGAGUACAACAUCGAGUCGUCUGAGCAGGGCAUCAAGACAAUGCUGCAUCUCAUCUGGACCAAGGACAACAACGCGACGACCGAGGAUGGCACCGACGGUCGCAGCAUCCGUGGCAACCUCAUCGAGGUGUACCGCAGCCUGUACUUUGACGCCAUUCCCGAUCUCGCACCCAAACAGCAGGUCAACCGCAUCGCUAAGAACAUGCUUGAGCGUACAUACGGUGCAACGCUCGCUGAGCUUACCUCGCUCGAGGAACUGAUGCGCACCAUGAUGGCUGACGGCGGCGUGCACCCCGACGUCAUCAACAAGCUGUGGCAGGUGUACACCACUGGUCAGGAGAUCCCAAAGCCGCAGCGCCAGGGCGCGAUCAUCAUCCUCGGUAUGCUGGCCGUCGCCAAGCGCGAAGUUGUGGCCGAGCGCGUGGAGCCGUUACUCAAGAUUGGUCUUGGCCAGCACGGCCAGAACGACCUCGUUCUCGCCCGCUACACAUGUAUUGCGCUUCAGCGUCUCGGCGGCAGCGCCAAGAAGGUCAAGGGCUCCCUCACUAACAAGACGAUGCGCCUCCCGAUGGACAACGCCAUCUUCCUCAAGCUGCAGCACAUUAUCGAGCGGCCGUCGCGCUCGCCGCAGUGGUUCGCGAUGGCUGAGCAGGCCAUCAACACCAUCUAUUUGCUUGGCGAACAGCCCGACGCGCUGUGCGGCACCAUCAUCCGGAACAUGACCGCCAAGGUGGCCAAGCAGGCUGCAUCACAGGCUCCCUCGCCGACUCCGGAGGCUGUCGAGGAGCUUUCCGACCCUGCGUCACCCACCAAAGCUGGGUCGCCCAAGGCUUCACUCACGCGCUCCAACUCGGAGGGCUCGAUGCAGACAGCCGUCACCUCGCUCGGUGUCGACGAGGUGAGUGCCUACUCCCUCGCACAACUGGUCUUCAUCGUCGGCCACGUCGCCCUCAAGCACAUUGUCUACCUCGAACUCGUCGAGCGCGAGUUCAAACGCCGCAAGGACGAGAAAGCGAAAGAGAAGGCCGCGGCCAAGGCAGCAGACAAGGACAGCAAUGACCUCGACGCUGUUGCUGGUAACGCCGAGGACGACAUCGGCGACCUCAUCUCCGGCAUCCGCGAGAAGGAGCUGUUGUACAGCGACAAGAGUCUGCUGGCCGUGUACGGUCCUCUUAUCGUUGGCAUCUGUGCGAGUCCGAAGCGCUACAAGUCGCCUACUCUUCGCCAAGCCUCAACCCUCGCCCUGACCAAGUUUAUGUGUGUCAGCGCCGAGUUCUGUGAGGCACACCUGCCCCUCCUCUUCCAGAUCUACAAGAAGGUCCGCGAUCCGGUCGUGCGCUCAAACAUUGUCAUUGCGCUUGGCGACCUCGCUGUGUGCUGGGGCUCGCUCAUCGACGACAACUCGGAGGUGCUAUAUCAGGGUCUCACGGACACGGACGGCGUGGUCAAGAAGAACACGCUCAUGGUGCUCACGCACUUGAUUCUGAAUGGCAUGAUCAAGGUCAAGGGCCAGCUGGGUGAGAUGGCCAAGUGUCUCGAAGACCCCGACCCGCGCAUCAGCGACCUGGCCAAGCUCUUCUUCACCGAGCUGAGCACAAAGGACAAUGCGCUGUACAACAACCUGCAAGACGUAAUCUCGCAUCUCUCGAUCGGCGCCCACGCAGUCGAUGAGGCAACAUUCGCCUCGACCAUGCGCUUCAUCUUCCGUUUCAUCGAGAAGGAGAAACAGGCCGAGGCCAUUGUCGAGAAGCUAUGCCAGCGCUUCCGCCUGGCGUCGGACGAACGCCAAUGGCGCGACAUUGCAUUCUGCCUCUCCCUUCUGCCCUUCAAAUCGGAGCGGAGCAUGAAGAAGCUCAUCGAGGGCCUCCCCUUCUAUGCCGACAAGCUGGCUGAGGAGACGGUGUUCAAGCGCUUCACCGAGAUUCUGCAGAAGGCGCGCGCGAACAAGAGCGCAGGCAAGCCCGAGACCGAGCUCAAGGAGUUUGAGGCGAUUCUCAACGAGCACGCAGCCAAGGGACUCGAGGAACAGGCGCUCGAGGCCGAUGUCGCUAAGAAGACCAAGGCGGCUAAGCGGCGGGCGGCGAGGCGCGGGGCAGCAGCACCCAAGAAGGCUCCAGCACCACGGCACGGACGGCGACGAGUGGCCAGCGAAGAUGAGGACGACGACUAG